AUGUCCUCGCUGCUGCAGUACUUGCCUUCCCAGUGGAGAGCCCGCCGGCGCGGCGGCUCUGAGGCCUCGGAUGUGGUCCCGGUGGACGCCCCGCUGGACACCAAAAGGUCCAAGGAAGAUAGCGAUGCGGAGUCGCUCGCGUCCAGGGAGAUUACGACUGCUGUAGACCCGUCGCUCAACCCUGGCGAGCUGACAUUUGAGGAGGAUUCCGCGGGUGGCAUGGGGCGCCAUCUUGGUGUGUUCAGUUGUACGCUGCUCAUCGUCGGCCGUAUCAUCGGUACCGGCAUCUUCUCGACGCCCUCCUCCAUCCUCGGCUCGGUCGGAUCGGUGGGCGCUUCGCUCAUGCUCUGGGUCCUCGGCUUCGUGCUCUCGUUCUGCGGGCUCUUCAUCUGGCUCGAGUUCGGUACCAUGUUCCCGCGUUCUGGCGGCGAGAAGGUGUACCUGGAGGCGGUCUAUAAGAAGCCGAAACACUUGGCGACUAUCAUCUUCGCGGUCAACGCGAUCGUGCUCGGGUUCACCGCGUCGGGCUGCAUAGUGUUCGCCCAAAAUAUCCUCAUCGUCGCAGGCCAUAGCGCGGACCGCUGGGUCACCCGCGGCAUUGCACUGGGCGUCAUUGGCUUCGUGACGCUCCUGCAUGGUCUGACGCCGCGCCUCGGAGUGUGGGUCAUGAACGGCCUGAGCAUGUUCAAGAUCAUCAUCCUCCUCUUCGUCGUGAUCACCGGAUGGGUCGUACUCUCCGGGAAGACACACAUCGAAGACCCGCACGCGAACUUCCGCGACGCGUUCGCCGGGAGCUCGCACAGCAGCAACGACUACGCGACCGCGACGUUCAAAGUGCUGAACGCGUACGCGGGGUGGUCAAACGUUAACUACGUGCUCAACAACGUCAAGAACCCCGUGCGCACGCUCAAGAUCGCGGGCCCGCUCGGGCUCAGCAUCUGCGCGGUGCUCUACCUGCUCGCCAACAUCUCCUACUUCGCGGCGGCGACGAAGGACCAGAUCCUGCACAGCGGGACGACGGUCGCAAGUCUGUUCUUCAAGAACGUGUUUGGUGUGCAGGCGCAGAAGGCGCUGACUGUGUUCGUUGCGUUGAGUGCUCUAGGGAACGUUAUCACCAUCACAUUUGCUGCAGCACGCAUCAACCAAGAGCUCGCCAAGGAGGGCAUCCCUCUGCCAUUCGGGAACCGGUUCUGGGCGUCCAACUGGCCCACGGGCAAGUCGCCGCUCCCGGGCCUGAUCAUCCACUUGAUACCCUCGAUCAUCGUCAUCAUCGGGCCGCCGCCGUCGGUCGCAUACCCCUUCAUCCUGGAUGUCGAGGGAUACCCUGGCCAAAUUAUUAACUUGUUCAUCGUGCUCGGAUUGUUUUGGCUCAGAUACACCAAGCCCAACGCGCCGCGGCCAUUCAAAGUAUGGUGGCCCCUCGCGGUAUUUUUCCUCGCAGCAGCCGUAUUCCUGCUCGUCGCGCCUUUCCUGCACCCCGCGAACGGCAAGGGCGACACCCCGCCGUUGCCGUACUACCUGUACUGUCUCGUGGGUAUCGCGGUCAUGGCGGUGGGCGUGCUGUACUGGGCCGCGUGGCGGAUCGUGCCGCGCUGGUUUGGCGUCGAGUACGUGCCGCGCAAGGAGGUGCUCGCGGAUGGGACGGUCGUCACCUUGUUCUCGCGGCAAAAGAUCGAGUGAGGCGCAGGGGGGUCUGUGCUCG